CACUGAGACUGAUCAGAUUAAUGCCAAGACCACAAUCACCACUACCAGCACUUUGACCGUCACCUCCACUGUUGUUACCACCGGCGUCGUGGAGUCGACAACUGGCCCGGUCACCUCAAAUACCGGCACCCCAGACAACAAUGGGUCGCAUGCCGCCGACAGCUCUGGCCUGUCCACCGGCGCCAAGGCUGGUAUCGGUGUCGGCGUUGGAGUCGGUGGCCUUCUUCUCAUUGGAGCCGCCAUCUUGCUGCUUCUCAGGCGUCGUCGCAACCGCAGCCCUAGCCCUGAUCACGACGAUCUAGUCGGUGCUUCUGAAGUUCCGAUAGGCGGCGGCGGUGGUGGAGGCGGUAAUCACCAGCAACCCAUGUCUUCACACACCGCUUCUGCUGCUGCUUUCCUUGCCCCCGGACGUACCCCAGUCAAGGCCCCCGAGGGCUACCGUGGUACCGCUCUGGGCGAUGGACGUGCUGGAUAUGCCAAACCAGAGCCGUACGGUUCAGCCUACAACACUCCCAGCCCGACCACCACAGCGGCAAACACCGUUAGCCCUGUUUCAUUCCCCUCGGCCCAACUUGCUCCUGCUCAACUCGCUCCUGCUCAUGCUGAUGCAGCAGAGCUAGGCAAUGACAACCUCAACGCCAACAAGUGGCAUGACUCCAAUGCUGCUGAAAUCGAUGGCAACGCUGUUAUGGGCCACCAGAGCGGGCCUGUGUACGAAAUGCCCACGCAGACCUACCACUAGAGGAGAUAC